AUGUUGGCUGUUUUCUACUUUCUUCAGGGAAUGGGCCCAGUCAGCUCCGCAAACUCGAUAUCUACCGUGAAGGUUUUGGCUCUCGGGUGUCAUAGUUAUCGUCUGAAUGCAGUUCUUGACAUCCUCAGGUGGUUCCCCUGUUUGGGAAAGCUCUAUGUCACCUUUGGCAUGCAAAAGCAAAAUUUGCCUCAUUAUGACCGACCACAUCCCAUGGAAUGCCUUCAGACCCAUCUAAAGGAAGUGGUGUUGAAGUAUUUCAAUGGUUACGAGCAACAUAUUGACUUUGCCAGGUUCUUUGUUUUGAACGCAAAAGUGGUAAACAAAAUUGAAUUCCAUGUACGUGAGGACCACUACAGCAAUGAAUUUGUGGCUCGUCAACACACGCUGUUCGAAGCCGAAAACAGAGCUUCUCCGGAUGCUCAAUUUGAAUUCAGGAAAACUUGUGGUUCUAUUGAUUAUCAUGUCAGCAAGCAUAUCCACGAUCUGUCGGUGGCCGACCCCUUCGCAGACAGGGUUGAUGCCUGA